AUGGUGAACCGGUCUAAAGCAGGUAAACCAGAUGUAUUUUUACAUGAAGAAGGAUAUUAUAUAAUUAAGUUUCAGAACCUGAAUGAUAUGAAUGAGAUUCUAUAUUCUGGGCCACAUACUAUAAGCAAUAGACCUAUCAUACUGAAACAAUGGUGCCCAGAUUUUGAUUUUGGAAAGGAAUUCUUAGCUGAAAUACCCCUGUGGGUUAAUUUUCCAAAGUUACCUCUUAAUUGUUGGGGAGUAGGUUCACUGAGUAGAAUUGCAAGUGCUAUUGGUGUGCCUUUAUUUGCUGAUGAAUGUACUACAAAGCAAACAAGAAUUUCCUAUGCUAGAAUGCUUAUAGAAGUUAAUGUUACUAAAGUUAUUCCUCAGCAGAUUACAGUUAUGGAUCUAAAUGGAAGAACCUUCUUACAGGAAGUUGUGAUGGAGUGGAAGCCUCAGUAUUGUGACAAAUGCCAAAAGAUUGGACAUCAAUGUCAAUCAGUAACACUGGAGGAGAUACCAAAGAAGAGAAAGCCUUGGAGAAAAGUCACACAGACCUGGCAGUAUAAAGGGCCAAUUCAACAGCAAGAGAAGAAAGAUGAUCAUAUGAAGAUGCCAGUAAUAGGUGAAAAUAAUGCACAGAAGGAGAAACAAGAGAUAGAGAAAGAAGAGGAGCAGGAACUCAAGCAAACACCUGAGCUCAAUCUGAGGCCUUAUACUGGAAGCAAGCAUCUGGAGUUCAGUCUAUCAAAUUUUCCUAUGCUUUCAGCUAUACCUGUUAGAAAUGGAUUUGAGAGUUUAAGGAAUAGUAAACUAGCUUCACUGCCUGUUGAUAGAGGGUUAAUUGAAACAAGAGUUAAAGAGGUUAAUAUUAAAGCUACUUUAAAAGCAAUAGCUCCAGGAUGGAGGAUCAUACAUAAUUAUAAGGAGGCUGCAAAUGGUAGAAUAUGGAUAAUAUGGGAUGAAAGUUUGUAUGAUAUCAACUUAAUAAACAGUUCAGCUCAAAUGAUUCAUUGUCAGAUAAAUGAAAGGAGCAAAGGAUAUCAAUUUAAUCUCACAUUGGUAUAUGGAUUUAAUAUCUUAGAAAUGAGGAAAAGCUUAUGGAAUGAUUUGAAGAUGUUGGCUCACAAUGUUUCUGAUCCAUGGCUCAUAAUAAGAGACUUUAAUGUUAUUUUAUCCCCUCAAGAUAGAUUAGUUGGAGCUCCUGUUACUUUGAAUGAGAUAAAGGAUUUUGAAGAAUGUGUUAAGGAUAUGGGAAUCACUGAAGUACAAUGGAAAGGUAAUUAUUAUACUUGGACCAAUAAACAGAUUGGUAAUGCCAGAAUUGCUAUUAGAAUUGAUAGAGCUUUUGGGAAUGAUGCUUGGAUGGAUAAAUGGGGCCAUACUGCUAUAGAUUAUGGGAAUCCAGGUGUGUCUGAUCAUAGACCUAUGCAUUUGUUACUUCAUCAAAGUUAUCAUCAGAUCAGAAUAUAUAGCCAGGCAAAGGAUGAGCUAGUUACUAAAGAGAAGGAGUUACUAACAAAGCUGGAGAAGUGGUCAAUGAUAGAAGAAAAUGCUUUAAGACAAAAAGCAAGAGCAAGAUGGAUCACACUGGGAGAUGCAAACAACAAGUACUUCAGUUCAGUGAUAAAGGAAAGAAACCAAAAGAAGCAUAUUAGAAGUAAACUUCCAGCUAUAAAUGCUCAGGUGAUGAAGAGAGGGCCUGUUUUAUCAAAGCAGCAAAGACUUCAAUUAUGUACAGACAUAACAGAACAUGAGAUUUAUACAGCAUUGCAGUCUAUUGGGAAUGAUAAGGCUCCAGGGGUAGAUGGUUAUAAUGCAUUUUUCUUUAAGCAUACUUGGAAGAUUGUUAAAAAGGAUGUUAUUGAAGCUGUCAAAAACUUCUUCACAACAGGAAAGUUGUUUAAGCCUUUCAACUGCACUCUUGUUUCUUUAAUUCCAAAGGUUCAAAGUCCUAAAACUGUGAAGAAGUAUAGGCCAAUUGCUUGUUGCACUGUGAUUUAUAAAAUCAUUUCAAAGGUAAUAACAAGAAGAAUGCAUGAUGUUAUGCCUGAUGUUAUAUGUGAGAGUCAGGCUGGAUUUAUACCAGGGAGGAAGAUUGCAGAUAACAUUAUUCUGACUCAUGAGUUGGUCAAGACCUAUACUAGGAAGAAUAUUUCUCCUAGAAGCAUGCUUAAGAUUGAUCUACAGAAAGCCUAUGAUUCAGUUGAGUGGCCUUUCUUAGAACAAGUAAUGGUAGGCUUGGGAUUCCCAGAGAUGUUUAUCCAGUGGGUGAUGCAUUGUGUCAAAACAGUGAAUUAUACUAUUGUUGUUAAUGGGCAAACUACUCAAAGAUUUGAUGCAGCUAAAGGCCUCAGACAAGGAGAUCCUAUGUCACCUUACUUGUUUGCCAUAGCAAUGGAAUACCACAGUAGGCUCCUCAAAGGGCUUAAAGAAGAGAAAACUUUCAAAUAUCAUCCUAAAUGCUCUAAGCUGGCCAUUACUCACUUAUGUUUUGCAGAUGAUUUUACUUCUGUUUUCAAAAGAAGAUCUGGAGUCCUUCAAGAUACUUCAAAGGUGCUUUUCAGAGUUCUCUCAAGCUUCAGGAUUGCAGGCAAAUCUCACAAAAAGCUCUAUAUAUUGUGGUGGAGUUCAGAUGGAGGUAAGGCAACAAAUUAUGCAACAGCUUGGUUAUACAAUGGAAGAGCUACCUUUCAAAUACUUGGGAGUGCCUCUUUCAACAAAAAAGUUGACUAUAAUACAGUGUCUUACUGGGCUCAACUUUUUAUUAUUCCUGCAAAAAUAAUUAAAGUGAUUGAAGGAUUAUGUAGAAGCUACUUAUGGUUAGGAGUUGACUAUGUUACAAAAAAGGCACUGAUAGCAUGGGAGAAAGUGUGUUGUCCUAAAAGUGAAGGAGGUAUAGGGCUGACCAAUAUGAAAGUGUGGAAUAGAGCUGCAGUUGCUAAACUUUGUUGGGAUCUAGCUAACAAGGAGGAUAAGUUAUGGAUUAAAUGGAUACACACAUACUAUAUAAAAGGGCAGAGAGAAUGGCAGAGGAGGAAACAUGCAAGCUGGAUGAUACAAAAAGUAAUGAAUGCUAAGCAAAUGGUGGAACAGGUUCAGCAAAUGCAAGGGAAAAGUAAAGGGGUGAUCAGGCAACUUUAUUGUCACAUGAAGGGAGAUCAACAAAGGCAAGCAUGGACUUGUCUUAUGUUCAACAAUGCAGCAAGACCAAAAGCUUACUUCACAAUGUGGAUUAUGAUGAAUCAAAGGCUAGUAACAGUGGACAGAUUGGCUCAGUGGGGAGUUAUAGUAGAGAAGACAUGUGUGCUAUGCAAGAAUGAUGAUGAAAAUGCCGAACAUCUGUUUAUGCAAUGUAACUUUGCUAGAAGAAUGUGGGGGAGACUGCUAAGUUGGAUAGAGCAACAAGGUAAUGUUCCAAUGACAUGGGAGCAGUUUAAGCAGUGGUGUAUCCUUCAUGGAAAAGGGAAGAGCUCAGCAUCAAAAAUGUUCAAGAUUAUAUUGGCUGAAGGUAUCUAUGGAUUGUGGAUGGAGAGAAAUAGAAGAAUCUUUGAGCACAAGAGCAAAAAUGAGGAUCAAAUAGUUUAA